UGUGCGGGAGCGAGUGUCGAUCAAUCAAGCACACAAACAGCGACAAGAGCACAGUCAAAGAGUCACAGCUCCUAAACACUCAGAGAGAGCAUUUGAUACAGCCGACUUUACUACGUUGGGAUAACCGUGAACAGUGCGACGAGCAUAAUGGACGUUGAUUGCAGAGUGAAGAUGGCAGCAGCGGGCCCCUCGGAGUCCGAAGAACCCCAUCAGUCCGCGGCGAGGACGCGGGCCGCCUGUCACUCAGGCUGGAAGUGUGGGGCAGCGCUGCUGGCCGUCGCGCUGUGUGUCGCCGGAGUCCUCUGCUUCACCUUGCACAAGGGGGCACAGGAGCAAAGCCAUUCAUUGGAAAUCGAUGGUCUCACCCGAAAUCUGAGGCAGAUCUCAAGUAGCGGGAGGGCUGCCAUUCAUCUGGAAGGCGUGUCCAACAACUUGCUGAACAGCUCUGUGCAGUGGAAGACGCAAGUGGACCAGUACCACUCCUCCGGUGGGCUGCGGCUGGAAGGCAACGAAGUGGUGGUCCCGACCACCGGCCUCUACUUUGUGUACAGCCAGGCCUCCUUCGCGGUCAGCUGCAAGGCGGAGGAUCACAAGCGGGCGGAGCUGGUGCACCUGACCUACAUGGUGGACCGAUGGUCCGACUCUUACCCCGGAUACAUGACCAUCCUGCAUUCAGGCCGCACCGUCUGCCAGCAGGCGCCCCCCGGUGGCGUGGAGGCCAGGGCGAAGGGGAUGUGGUUAAGCGCCGUGUACGUUGGCGCCGUGUUCCACUUGAACGCUGAAGACCGGCUCAGGACCGUGGUCGACAAGAAGCUUUUGCCCAGUGUGGUGAAUGGGAGCGGUAAAACGUUCUUCGGGGUGUUUGCUCUGUGAGUCGACCCCGUAGGGUCGGUGAAUGCGUGAGGGAGAGCGCUGAAAAGGCAUCAAGAACAAAAGAUGUGAAAGAGGAGUUGGGUGAAAGGGGUCGUUAUGGUUAGCACUUGAUGAGGUGGAUUCAGAGCGAGGGUUUGUCUUAAUAAUCGGUAUGAACCGAAAAAGUGAAUUUUAAAGCAAUGCAGGCCUACAUUGAUACAAUGUACCAUACGCCUGCAACUUAGAGCUCUAUUGUUAUACGAAAUGUACCAUGUACAACCAUCUCUCUGUAAAAUGUUUACAGGAAAUCCGUAAUGCCAAGAAACAUGGCAAAUUUUGACAUGAAUGUAUAAUAAUGAAUGUGGUGCUUUCUCACUAAGAGUCCUAAUAUAUAUAUUUUUUAUCGGUUAACAAUUAACGGUACAAUUUAAGACUUUAAUUUAUUUUGGUGUUUAAAUUAUUAUCAAUUUAUUUAAUACAUUAUAUUUAUUAUUUAUGCCUAUUUAUGAUUUAUGAAUGACUAUUUAUCUUGUGUACUUUAUUUAUAUAUGUAUUGGAUCUAUUUUUGUAAUAUCUUUUUAUGCUGCAGGACUUUUUAUUGAAAAUUAAA